AUGGAGCUUUGUGGACAUGAGUAUGCCAAAAUAUUGAAACAUGUGUCAACAAGGUGGCUGUCAUUGGAAAGGUGUGUGCAGCGAACACUUGAAAAGUACAGUGGACUCCAGUCGUACUUUCUAAGUGAAGAAUUUGCUGACCAAAGAUUUUCAAGGCUGCGAGAUGCUUUCACUAAUCCUCUAACAGAAGUUGCUCUACUAUUUCACCAUGCAUCAAUUCUACUUUUCAACAACUUCAACAAACUGUUGCAAUCUGAGGAGCCUAUCAUUCACAUGCUUCUUGAUUCCACCAUACAACUGGCACGGUCUCUGGCCAACAGGAUCAUUAAGCCACAAGUUCUAAAGGAUACACCAGUUACAGAACUGAAUUUGGAUGAUCCACAGUUUUAUAAGCCAGAGCAUUCAAUCUUUAUGGGGGUUACCACAAAGUUCAAGCUUCAAAAACUUCUCAAUGAUGGAGACAUUAGUGAG